UAUUUUUGGAAAAUCAUGUCGAGUGUGCCAUCAAAUGAUGUUUUGAGACGGUUUAGUACGUAUAUUCGAGUCGUUUUAUCUAUAGAAUACUCGUAGUUGAAUUUUUUGCGAAAAGUGUUCAGCUGAGAUCAAAAAACGCAUCAAAAUGAACGUCGUCAACGAAGACGUCGUCUUGAAAAUACUGACCUCAAAAAACGCCAACGCAGCAUCCAAAAUAACCUUACUAAAAUGGCACAUAAAAGGCAACAUCAUAAAAGCCGGAAACAACCACAUGAGCGAAGUGUACAGAUUGACCAUAGAUUACCUGAAAAAUUGUCAACCUCAAACCAGAAUUCUAUUCGUCAAAGUUCCUUCAAACUCUCCGAUGUACGAGGCAGGUUCCAAAUGGGAUGUUUUCACCAAAGAACUCGUCAUGUACACGGAGAUCCUUCCUCAAAUAUACGCUUUCGAAGACGAUUACUUCACCGCCAGAUAUUACCACGUUGAUGAAAAGCACACGUUGUUUUUAAAAGACCUUAGUCAGACCGGAUACAAGACUGGAAACCGUACACAGCAAUUAGAUUUUCAACACUGUGCUUACGCUUUGAGAUGUCUAGCAAAGUUCCACGGUUUAUCGGUGCAUUUAGAGAAGACCAAAGGUUUACCCGAGGUUAUUCUCAAAGAUCUUUUUUACAAUUUUCACAACGACGAUGAAGAUACGAGGAAACAAAUUUUCGCCGGACUGACGCAAUUUUACGAUUUCCUCGACCCUGCGAUCCGGUCCAAAUACGCCGACAAGAUAGAAUUCUUCAAGACCAUAGAAUGGACCGAGGUGGUCGCCGAUAUCGUUCCAGAGAACAGCUCGUUCAACGUGUUGAAUCACGGCGAUUAUUGGACUAAUAACGUUAUGUUCAAGUACGAUAAAUUUGGUAUCAUUAAGAAAGCCAAAAUGCUCGACUUCCAACUAUGUCGUUGGUCCAAUCCGGCUAACGAUUUGAUAUACUUCACGAUCACCAGUAUGCGAUACGAAACAUACGAACAGUAUUUCGAUUUAUUGUGCUCCAUUUAUCUGGAGACUCUGAAUAACAUAUUAGCUAAAUUCGAUUAUCCCACGUACGAAAUGGAAGACUUGAAGAAGGAUAUUGAGAGUAGAUUUGCGUUCUGCUUUGUUGUAAUUAGCUGUAUUUUACCUAUCAUGGUAAGUGACCCAGAUAUUCCGGUAAAUAUAAACGAGGUUUUCAAAAAUAACGAAUCCGACGCAACUGCUCUGCAUGAGACGCUAAAGCACAAAGAGUAUUUGAAGAUAGCUACCAAAUGGUUCGAACAUUUUGCUAAAAAAGAUAUGUCCAAGUUCGAAACGAAACCAAUAGAAUCACUGAGUGGAAAUGCACACCAACAUACUGUACACGGAAAUCAACCUAGAAAUAAAUUUCAUGAAAAUGAGGAUACAUAAAUGAAGUAAACUGGGGCAAGUAUAUGUAGGUUUCCUCAACACUGGACAAAAGGAACCAGAAAGUGAAAAAUAAAUACGAAGAAUUUGUGAAAUGCACACACGCCAGGAGCAGUAUUUUUUCUAGACCAAUAAAUCCCAGCAUAAAUAAUAAAUUAUCCAUUAUUGACCACAAUGUUGAAAUACAUGAUAUAAAAAUUGACAUAA